AUGAGAUGGGAAGAGCAGGGUUGGUCAUUAGACCUUGAAGCAAUCAAGCAAUUGGCGCCUUGUAUCAUGUCAAAAAGGUCUGCUGACAUUGAGGAUAUUGAUAAUAGCAAUGAGCGGAUUGUAUCAUCAAAGAUUAGGUCAAAAGACGUGCCUGCUGUGACUUCUGUCGCGCAGAAAGACGUCGAAGUGGGUCAAUUUGAAGACGAGUAUAGUGAUGAGUUCGAGAGUGACGGUGAAAUUAUAGAGUUAGAUGGCGAUGAAUAUGCUGAAAGCGGUGAUGAGAAUAUGGAGAGUGAAGAGUACAUCGAAAGGAAGGAAGAAAAAGCGCGCAGCCAAGUUCAGAAUGAUCAAACGGAAGUUCAAAACACACAUGGGCAGCAGCUCUACUUGCCGCAUCUGUCCAAACCAUUGGGACCUGACGAAGUUUUAGAAGCUGACCCAUCGGUCUACGAAAUGCUACAUAAUGUUCACUUGCCGUGGCCAUGUAUGUCGCUGGACGUUGUCCCCGACAGGCUCGGAUCCGAGCGCAGAAGCUAUCCUCAGUCCCUGCUUGUUGCAACGGCGACCCAAGCUUCGAAGAAAAAAGAUAACGAACUGCUAUUGCUCAAAAUGUCGCAAUUGACCAAGACGUUGGUCAAGGACGAUGAGGAAGAGCAAGACGAGGAAGACAAUGAGGACGAUGACUCUGACCCAGUUAUCGAGAACGAAAACGUUGCACUCAAAGAUACUACAAAUAGAUUAAAAGUCUCCCCAUUUGCUGUCGAAGGUCAGGAAGUUUUGACUGCUACUAUGAGCGAGAACGGAGAGGUCUACAUAUUCGAUCUCGCCUCGCAGACCAAAGCUUUCAGCACUCCAGGUUACCAAAUACCAAAAGCUGCCAGGAGACCGAUCCACACGGUGAAAAACCACGGCAACGUCGAAGGUUAUGCGCUAGAUUGGUCUCCCGUUAACAAAAGUGGCGCUCUACUGACAGGUGACUGCUCUGGCCGCGUUUUUCUCACUCAAAGACACACAUCCAAAUGGGCGACUGAAAAACAAGCUUUCUCAGUGGACAAUAACCAGUCAAUUGAAGACAUUCAAUGGUCCCGCACAGAAGCUACGGUUUUUGCCACUUGUGGUUGUGACGGUCACAUCAGGAUAUGGGACACUCGAUCAAAGAAGCGCAAGCCUGCUAUUUCCGUCAAAGCGUCUGACACGGACGUCAACGUCAUUAGCUGGAACGAAAAGAUUGGCUACCUACUAGCAAGCGGUGAUGACAAUGGUAAGUGGGGGGUCUGGGAUUUAAGACAAUUUUCGCCAAGCCAUGCAAAUUCAGUAUCUCCAGUCGCUCAGUAUGACUUCCACAAGGGUGCGAUUACGUCUAUUAGCUUCAAUCCCUUGGAUGAGUCGAUCAUCGCCGUCGCCAGUGAGGACAACACUGUAACCUUAUGGGAUCUUUCUGUUGAAGCUGACGAUGAAGAAAUCAAACAACAGGCAGCUGAAACAGAAGAGCUUCAGCAAAUCCCUCCUCAACUUUUAUUCGUACACUGGCAAAAGGAAGUGAAGGAUGUCAAAUGGCAUAAACAAAUUCCGGGCUGUUUGGUAAGUACAGGUACCGAUGGCUUGAACAUCUGGAAAACAAUUAGCGUUUGA